AAGUCAUCGUUAGCCACAAGCUAAUUUGGACGCUGAAGUGCACUGCUGAUACCGUAUCGGCAAAUGAAGGCUUCAUUUAGAAUAACACGUGUGGCUCUGUGGGAUUUUGGGUUGUUGUGAUGCUCGCCUCUUAAGGUCCCCUGCACUGCCCUGUCUUUGAUCUACGCCGGAGAGGAGGAGGCUAACAUGGCAGCCAAAGCAGGAGACAACCCUGAGAGCCUCAUGACUCUGGCCACGGUCUUCUGCCUGAGGAACCUCAGGAAGACCAUGUGCUACCAGGGGUUCAGGAACAAGGUCUGCCUGCGCUCAGACAUCUUCCUUCCCAGCGAAAUCUGCGACAAGCUGGUCAACACAUAUAUGGAGUUGGUCCACACAGACAGUAACUUUGAACCAGAGGAGAACUUCUUCCAGCUGUUCUCAGACCCUCGAAGCACCAGACUGACCAGGGUACAGCUGAGAGAAGACUUUGUACAUGACAGAGAUCUGGAGGCAAUUAGAAAACAGGACCUGAUUGAGCUCCAUCUCACCUACUGCAACAACCUGUCGUCCCGCAGCCUGAAAACUCUCACCUGCUUCCGCGAGACCUUGGUGUCUCUUUGUCUUUUCGGCUGCAGCCACAUCUUCUACAGGAGGGGCGGCGCCCCGCUCGCCUGCAAUGAAGACACAGAGGACGAGGAGGACGAGAGCCCCGCCUCCAGGCAAGCGUUAGAGACAGACUUUAACUUCCAGGGGUUCAACCGCCUCAGACUGCUCAACCUGGGGGGCCUACCUGACGAAGUGGAUGCUGAGACCCUGCUCAAACCCCUGAAGUCACUCACCUCACUAGAUCUGUCUAAUGUUACGUUGGUGGGAACAGCUUUUCUCUGCCAGUGGAAAGACAGACUGGCCUCUCUGGUCCUCUACAACCUGGACCUGUCGGAGGAGUUGGUCAGUACAGUGGUGCAGCUUGUUAAUCUCAGGCAUCUGGACGUGUCGCGGGAGAGCAGGCGGACCUCUAAGUUUAAGAUGACCAGGAAGAUCCUGACGGUGGUCGUGCAGCGUCUGGUCAACUUGGUGUCACUGGACAUCUCAGGUCACAUCAUGCUGGACAACAGCACAGUUCCGCACUUUGAUGAAGCUAUGGGGCGACCCAGCAUUGAGCCGUGCAAGAGCAGCAUCUAUCCUUUCCAGGAACUGAAGAGGCCCCUGCAGUUCCUGGGCUUAUAUGACACCACCCUCUGUAACGUGACACACAUCCCUGCUUACAAGGUGACUGGAUCAAAGAAUGAAGACCAGGUCCUGAAUGCUAUUGAAGCUUACACAGAGUUUCGCCCUGAACUGGCCCACAGAGCCAUCAAUCAGCUGUUUGACAUUGCCAGGAUACAACACUGCAGCCAGCUGCUCCGAGCUCUGCAGCUCGUCAUCGCAGCACUGAAGUGCCAUAAAUAUGAUAAGAGCAUCCAGGUGACCGGCAGCGCCGCUCUGUUCUACCUGACCAACACAGAGUACCGCAGCGACCAGAGUGUGCGGUUGCGCAGAGAAGUCAUUCAAGUGGUGCUGAAUGGGAUGGAGCAGUACCAGGAGGUCACUGUCCAGAGGAACUGCUGCCUGACUCUGUGUAACUUCAGUAUUCCAGAGGAGCUGGAGUUCCAGUACAGUCGGGUCAACCAGCUGCUACUGAAAAUCCUGGAGCCGGCCAGGCAGGACGAGUCCAUCCAGAGAAUCGCUGUUCACCUCUGUAACGCUUUGGUCUGUCAGGUGGACAACCAUCACAAGGAAGCUGUGGGAAAGAUGGGAUUUGUUAAGACAAUGUUGAAUUUAAUUCAGAAGAAGCUACAGGACAGAAUGUGUGACCAGGUGAUGGAGUUUUCCUGGAGCGCUCUGUGGAACAUCACUGAUGAGACACCUGACAACUGUCAGAUGUUUCUCAACUGCCGGGGGAUGAGUCUGUUUCUGGAAUGUCUACAGGAGUUUCCAGACAAGCAGGAGCUUCACCGCAACAUGCUGGGGCUUCUGGGAAAUGUUGCUGAAGUCAAAGCUCUUAGGCCACAGCUGCUCACCCCACAGUUCAUCACUGUGUUCAGUAACCUGCUGGACAGUAAGGCAGAUGGGAUCGAGGUGUCGUACAACGCCUGCGGUGUGCUGUCACACAUCAUGUUUGAUGGGCCGGAGGUUUGGUCUAUGGACGAGCCAAGAAGAGACACAGUGAUGGACAAGAUGUGGGACGCCAUCCAGAGCUGGGAUGUCAGCUCCCGCCGCAACAUCAACUACAGGUCGUUUGAGCCCAUCCUGAGACUGCUGCCUCAGGGCAUCUCUCCGGUCAGUCAGCACUGGGCCACAUGGGCUCUCUUCAACCUGGUGUCAGUUUACCCGAGUAAAUACUGCCCCCUGCUGAUAAAAGAAGGAGGAAUAAGUCUCCUGGAGAAAGUUCUGGAACUGGACAGUUCACAGCCAGAAACCAAGGACAUGGCCAGGAAAGUGAUGGAGCAGUGUGAAAACUUCAAAGAAGACCCCAUGGAGACGAACCAUGGACAGGAGGUAAACUUUGGACAGAGAGGUUGACCCCACAGGAGCCAUGAUUCCCAGCAAACAUCAAGCAAACCAACCUUAAGGCCCCACCUACCGUCAUCACCACAAGGGUCAAUUGUGUGCAUUCUUCUUCUUCUUCUUCUUAUUUUGUAGAGCAGAGCUGAGUCUCUGACCCUGUUUGCAGCAGUUUGGACUGAACCUUAAUCUCUGACACAUAGGACUUGAGAUCUGGUGCAUGGAGUUUUGUUGUGAGGGUGAUUACCUUUGCUGCACACACACAUCUCUUCUGUUAGGACGGGGGUUGUGGGGGUGGGUGACUGUUAUCUCUCAGUGUGCGUGUGUGUGUGAGCGUGUGUGCGUGUGUGUGUGUGUGUGUGUCUCAAAGACUUAACAACAGAACAAAACAGUCGGAGUGAUGCUUGACUCAGUGGAGGGAACCUGAAGCCCUCGCGAGCUCUCCUCUGUAUAACUAUGUUUGAAUGAACGGCUGAAGGCUGCGUAGUGUCCUGCUCCGCCAUUAGAGCUCACAACUCUCACACUGCUCUCUCACACUCACUCAUGCUUGUGGGGGCCACUGAGCUGCCACAGAUGUACAGUGAAUAUUAGCCAUUAUGUGUGUGUAGGCUGCAGAGAAGCAUCACACUGAUGUUGGCGGGAGGGAAAACUUCCAGACCUUCAUGGCACAACGAUGGACUUGUUUGUUAAAUAUGUAAAUAUUCAGUUUGUCUCAUCCUUUUACCGUGUGUAUGUUUUAUAAUAUAACUGUAAACACUCAUGACUUUACUCUGUAUUUAAAUUUGUUUAGGUUUGACUGAUAUAUGGUCAGUGAUAAGAAACUAUACACAGAACACCCCCUCAUUCAGUCGUCGUGUAGAAAUCCUGGAUGCUCUUUAAAGGAACCUUUUAGGUGUAGUUCAACCUGACUCUUGUUUUCAAUUGUCUGGCAUUUUAGGCUGAUUCUUCCGGAAGUAGCGGUGAGCUUCAGCUGUGAGGGAGGUCACAACACACUAAGAUGACAAACUAUAUGGCCAAAAGUAUGUGGACACAGUGCAGCGGUUUUCCAUGUUUGAUUUUUGGAAGCACUUGACUGGCCUGCACAGCGCUCAGCACGACCUUAAUCCCAUCCAGCAGCUUUGGGAUGAACUGGACCACUGACUGUGAGCCAGAUCAUUUAAUAUCAGUGCUGCACCUCACUGAUGUGUCUGAGUCCUGCAGCCUGAAACCACAAGAGUGGAGGCCGUUCAAGCAGCAGUUUGGGUGUAAUGUUCAAAGAGUACUCCACAGAUUUAAUGUUACACUCCUGUAACAAUGUCACUAUUUAAAGGAGCUACUUGAAGGUUUUGCUAUUGCUACAAUGCUAACUUUAUCGUUAAUAGAUGUUUACUUACCAGUCUUGACAAGAUCUUCAAACAUUGUUGUCUUUACAAUACAAGAAAUUACAAUACGUCCUCUGAGCAGCUACUUCUUCAGUACAGACUGAAGAAGAUCUGACCAGGCCGGGGCUAGCUGGUUAGCAUGCUAACUUCAGUAGAAGAAAAGAGGUGAUAGAAAUAGAGGCAAAUCAAGAGGGUUGCUUUCCACCUCUGGAGACAGCUGUUGGUGAGCGAAGGAAUGAAGUUUGUUGCUGAACUCAAAAAAUUUCUUCUAGACUGGUGAGUAAACAACUGUUAAUGCUAAUGUUAGCUAUGUAGCAAUAGCAGAACCUUAAAGAUCAAAAGGGAUCAGAAUUGAUCGUCUUUUUUUAUUCCACUUAGUCCUCUUCCUUGUCAAGACCUUUUUCCUAAUUACCCACAAUUCAACUCGACCAUCAACAGUCUAGUCAGAGAUUCAGGUGUGUUAUGUUAUUAGCAGCUAGUGUAGCCUGGAGCAGAGGUGAGGAGCAGGCUCCGACACGGCUUUGUUUGGGUGUCCGCAUACUUUUGGGAAUAUAGUGUUUGCAGUGUGUUCCCUCAGUGCUCCUUCAAGAUUUCACUGAUAAAUCACUGACUAAAAUAUACAUGAAUGUCACAGGCAGCAUCUGUUCCGCCUCUCAGCUCAUCAGUGCUUCAGGUCAGGGGUCGGGUAAGAUGCCAGAUAAUAACAGAGACCAGGUUGACAGAAACACAUGUCCUUUAACACCUGAUGGCCCAUCAGUUUCACUGGUGGGUCAACAUGCUGCUAAGUUACUGCUUCACUUCAAUCACAACACUUUUCUCUACAAGCUGAUGGGAGAAAAUAAAAUGGUGCGUUCACAUGUUUAAAGCUGAAACUGGAAUGAUCUGUUCAGGAAGUGACAUCCUUACGUUGGGGGGGUGGGGGGGUGGUGGUGAUGGACUUUUCACUGUUUGACUGUGAAUAUAGAAGCUCUCUCAGUUCUCACCUUUGAUUUUACCAAACUUGUUCUGGUUUAACUUGACUCUUUUCUCCCAAAUCAAAGUUACUCUUAGAGACACCCUGUGGUGUUUUCUUGUGAAAAAAAAAAAAAUAUAGAAAUAUAUAUAUUGGGAAGUACAACAGACACCUUAGGAAAGUUGAUAUAAAGACAUCCAGCGGUAAAAACAGCAGGUUUGUUAGUGUGUGCAGUGUAGCAGGAGGUUUGACUCUCAGAGAAACGUUCAGUUAAAUAACUUCAUAACAAUCUGAAUCAGCAGGGCCAUGAGUGAGUGAACAAAAUUCAUACUUUUAUUUCUAUUAUUCAUCUAUCCUUGUUUUUAAAGUAAUUAAUUGUGCAGAAAACAAUGUGAACAUCAUUAUAUCCCAGAACCCAGGUUCCCAAAGAGAUUUGUUUUACAACAAUAUUAAACAAUUAAACAAUGAUUCUGUCAAUCACAGUUUCAUUUUUCUACUAUGUUUAAAUACAGUUUACUUUAGGUCUGUGCAUCGUUGCCUCUGUAAUUUAAUUUGACUUGAAUAAAUGAGCUGAAUGGACAGUUUGAGCAGGGAUUACAGACUCCCUUUACCUCCAGCAGUGAACAGGAUCUGGAUGGUGGUCUGAUCAGGACUCUUUGCUCCUGGUCCAGGGAUUCUGAGACUUUAAACUUCCUGCCAGUGAAGGAUCCACUGUCGGUCACUUUCUCCUGCAGCUGUAAAACGAGUUGGUUCAGAGGAAACGGCUCAGACAUCUUGCACAGUGGUUUGUCAUGAAAACACACUGGCUCCACAGUGUGUGUAGCUCCAGCUGGUUCCCAGUAUCAGCCUCUGUACAGCGUCUCUUUCUGCAUCAAUACGGUUAAAGAUGACGUGGAUGAGUGAUGCCUAACUGAUCUUUUAUAAGCUAUUUCAUAUCAGUUGUAUUGGCUUUGACUUCCUGGUUGUCAUGUACGGUUCUCUGUGUGUUGAUGGGAUCUGAUCGGUACAGUUCACAGUCACAGUGAUAGCUGGUGUUGGAGUGGACAGCUUCAUUAGAGACUCACUAAAUGUUUCUGUCUGGGAUUCAAAUGUGCAAACAUGAAGAGGAUUUCUCAUGUGGUCACAACUAAAUCAGAAAUAUCCUGGUGGUGGAGGUGUGCACUUUCUGUAGAGAAAGCAGAUGAUCUUCAUCAUCGACUCCAGCACUUCUCUCUGGUUUGAAUCAUUGUCUCAGUUAUUUUCCAUGAAGAAAAAGACGUCUUGGGGUGUUGACUCUUCCUGAUUAUUUAUAAAGAUGUUUGUGCUGAAAAUAAAAAGAAUUAAAAAAAAAACAAAAAAAAUGAAAGUGAACUUCUGCUUCAGGAGAACUGCUGUGUCACAAACGGUUUCAAGUGUCAUCUACUAAUUUCAUCAUGUUUCUGAAUCUGUCAACACUCUGUCAUUGAUUUCUUUUGUAACUGCUGAUCCGUGUGAAGAACAUUUGAUCCAGUGUGGAGUUGCAGUUUUUCCUGAUCUAAAUAGAACCAGGCCGUUAGUGUAAAGGUAUGAAUAAGCAAUAAAAUGGAGUGGUAAAAAUGUUA